AUGCUUAGACAUGUGGUGACUCAUCAGGAGACUUGGGAAGGUGACGAAGCUCCAGUGAAAUUAGAAGAUGUAAAACCAGACAUGGAAGAAACUGGAAAAGAUGGAAAAUUGGAUAAAAAGAGUCUAAUAAAGAAGGCCAAAGCGAAAUUCAACAAGAAGCAGGGUCCGGGCGAAAAGCAGAAGAAGUAUAAGAAACGGCCGCACGCGUGCGAGUUCUGUCAUAAACGGUUCUUGCAUUUGGAGACUUUGCAGGUCCACAAAAAGUGCCACGACGGUGAGGACCUAGUAAUGAAAUGCAACUUCUGCCUGGAGACGAUGCCUGAUGAACCGACGCUCAGGGAGCACGAGGCCACGCAUAGCGGACCGAGGCCCUACCUGUGCACUAUAUGCGGGAAGGGAUACAAGAAGAAAGAGACGAUGGUUUACCACCGCAAGCACCACAAGCCAGACAAGGAUUACAUUUGCAACGUGUGCUCCAAGUCCUUCAACGCGCCGUGCAAGUUGCAACGACAUAUCGUCAGCCAUAGAGCUGACAAAUUCGUUCUUAGGUACGAAUGUCCAGUGUGCGCUCACAUGUUCAACACGAAAUACCACGUCCAAAUGCAUCUGGCGACGCACCAAAAGGAGGGACUGUGAGUAUUUUGGAACUAAA